UGCUAAUGCAGUCUAGUGCAGGAACAGAAAACAAACUACAAUAUAAGAAAUUAUUGUGCUUUCUAUCAUCUCGGAGAAGUUAUCACGAUUAAAAACUCCAAAUUGAUUUUAGAAUUAGAAUUGCCAAAGAAAAAAUUUGUGUUUUACGAUUAUCCUGAAGGGAGAAAAAAUGAUAAUAUUGUCACCUUUUGCAGUGUUAAAUAUUGCAAGCAGAAACAUUUCAAUCCCUGUGAAUCAAAUAAUUAAAUUGAAUCCAAUUGAGUCGAUUGAGAGUAAUGGACAACAGCGAGAUAGAAAGACAAACUAUGAUGGAGGAUAAACCAUCACGUUGCAUACACGUUUACAACAAACGUGAGGUGAUAGAAUUUAGUUGUAUAAAGGACAAGAAAAAGGGUAUACUGGUUGGAUUGAAACAGCAACAGACCCUUAAAGUUCCCAAGUUUGAUAGCAACAAUCUGGUACUCAUGGAUAACAACGGCAAAAGUAUCUCUAGGUAUAAGAAUACAGGUCCAUUCCAUACAGACUCUGAACGAAAAUGAAAGAACAGACUUACAGCAAAGAAGCAGAUUAUACUAAUAGUGAUUGCAUCCAGAUUUGUGUAGUAUAUCUAUCUUGCCUACUAUUGUAAUAUAUAUAUUAAAUAUUUCAUUACUAUGUUAAUAUUGUACUUAUUUAAUAUUUACUGCAAAACUUAUAGUAUGGAAGUGUAUUACUCAUGCAUCUCUGUGUAUUUUAUUGUAUAUAUUAAUGUAUAUGUCAAUAAUAAAGUUAUCACAUUCGAACCUA